GCCGCGCGUGACAGCGGCGGCGGCGCGCGGCGCGAGCGAGCCUCUUGUGCCCACCUACUGGUGCCACGCGCCGCCAACAGACUGGUCACUCGUUGCUCUGUGAGACCCGGCUGAGGUGGUUUGGCCACAGGCGCCAGCGAAGCUUCAGCGCCAGCGCCAGCACCAGCGCCCGCCGAGUCCGACCGGACCCGGCCCCGGUGGCUAGACGCCGGCGGCCAGCCCGGUUGGGUCGCCGGCUCGUGAGCAGUACCGUUCGCGGGGGUUGUGAGCCGGCCCCCGGCCCGUGCGUGCAGCGGCGGCGGGGUCGCCCGCCGGCUCGGCGCAGUCGCCACCGUCGCCAUGGCGGCCGACGCCGACUCGCGGAACCAGUUGGAGCAGCUGUUCCUGGCCUGCGACAGCCAGGGCACCGGCUUCAUCGGACGACGUGAGCUGCGCGAGCUUUGCCGAAGCUUCGAUAUCUCCGGCGACGACUCGGACCUCAUCUUCGACGACCUGGACUGCGACGGCGACGACCGCAUCAGCUUCCAGGACUUCUGCCGCGGCUUCCGUGACUGCGUCAACACCGACUUCGCCUCGGUCAGCUGCAAGGGUCCCGAGCCGGCCGAGGGAAGCGGGCCAGCCGAGCCGGCGUUGGCGCCGGCGCCGGCGCCGUCGGAGGAGAAGCGGUCCGAGCGCCGCGAGCACGGCAAGAAGGCCAAGAAGAAGGGCCUGCGCCGCCGAGACAGCAUGCACCACGCCUUCAAGCAGUUCUCCAAGACGCUCGGCGAGGAGAAUGUGCUUCACUUCAUCGGAAACAGCCAAGAGAAGAUCCACCAGCUGUACCAGGAGCUGGUCAGCUCGGACACGGACCCACAGAUUCGCGUGCAGGUGGAGAGCGUGCUGGGCUCGCUGCUCAGCGAGGUGCGCCAGCUGCAGGACGAGAACAAACACAUGGAGAAACUCUACAUCAGGGAGAAGGAGGUGCACGAGGCCCGACUGCGCACCAUGGAGGACGAGCUGGAGGCGCAGGUAGCCAGGGUCGACAGCCAGGCGCGCCGCGAGGCAGAGCAGCGCAAGGAGCAAGAGAUUAAACAGGUCGAGAUGAAGCUCAAGGAGGAGAUCACCGAGCUCCAGAUGCACCUGCGCAUGUUUCAGAAGGUCGACAACUGGCUUCAAAAGGACAACAGCCGAGUUGGUAGCGAAGAUACGCAGAAGAGACUGGAGGAAGCUACGCACGAAAAUCGAGGUCUCAGGAUGAACCUGACUGAAACUGAAACCAGCAUCGCCCUGAUGAGAGCCGAUAUGGCUCAGAUUCGGUCCCAGUACGAAGAAAAGUGUCGGGAACUGCACAGCGAGCGUCAACAGCUCGAGGAAUACGUCGCCCGCCAGGAGCAAGUACAAAGACAACUGCAAGUAUUGCAGGAGGCGAACCGGCGGAUCCAGGACACCAAUGACAGUCUGCGCCAGACGCUGCAGGACGGCGGCCGGCCGCGGCGCCACCAGCGGCCCGGCAGCCAGAUGAGCUCGACGCUGGGCGACGAGCUGGACAGCCUGUGGGACGGCGAGAGCGUGCGCUCGCACGGCUCCGGCCGACGACCCCUGCUCGACGACGUGCAGUACGGCAUCCCGCGGCUCAUGCAUGACCUCGACAGCGGCCUGAAGGAUCCAGACGACCUGGACAGCGGCCUGGACCGGUCUGUGCGGGACGAGGCCGAGUCUUCGCUGGACCGCUCGGUCCGGGAGGACCUGGACGAGCUGGAGGCCGAGCAGGACAACGGCAUCGAUGAGUGUCUGCUG